AUGUCCAGACGCUCAUCGAGACUGAGCGGGAACCUGGAUGCAUCCUUUUCUUCCAACCCCCUCACCCAACGCACCACCUUGAGCACUGAGGCAGGUCCUUCCAAGCUCCCUUCUCGCUGCGACACGGAGACGUCUCUGCCAUAUUUUGAGGAAUGGUCCACGGAAGAUUUGCAAGCCGAGGUCAAGCGUUACGGCUUCAAAGUUUCACGCAAGCGCACGACGCUCAUCGAUCAGUUGAAAGCAGUCUAUGAAGCGCUACACCAGUCAAACGCGAAGUUUGAGCUUCCUGCCACAACUCUCCACUCAGACAACGAAGUAACGCCGGCUGAGACUUUGAAAGUCCCCAGGAUGAUGCGAAAACUUGUGCUUCCUGAUCGAGCUAUCACGGCAGGGGCUGCGGCGGUGAAUGGAGAAAGAAAAGGAAAAGGAAGAAAGAGCGACCCUUUUGUUUUAGAUGCUAGCUCCGAAUCAGACGCAUCUGGAUCCUCAAGAACCAUCAUAGAAGCUGCUACAACCGAAGCAUCGGCAGGAGCGGAAGAGGAAGCAGGCGAAAUCACAGUGCAGCUUGAGGCUGAAGCGCUCUCAGCCACAGAUGGUUCUCUAUCUCCUUCCCCCUCGUUGGGCUCAAAUGCAUCAUGCCUUUCUGCCACCACCUCAACUUCCAAGCCGCGUCGUGGUCGACCUCGAUCUCGCUCUCCAUCCACGUCAUCUUCUUCCGACAUCCCUCUAGCACUAGCAGUGUCCGAGAGCACAGAAGUGGCAGUGGAGCCCACCCCAGCGUUAGCCGAAACAAUGACUCGGGCUAUCCGAGGAAACUCCGCAGUUUGGGAACGAAUCCUGCGCUACGAACCUAUCAGCUUUGAUGAACUUGUCAGCAUCGCCACUCAAAACGGGCUGGAGAUGGAUAUGGGGAAGAGAAAGGAGGAGUUGAAAACAUGGCUGGAUCGACAGUGUAUUUGUUUCUUUUCAAACGACUUGACCGGUCCCAGGAGUCGACAUUGA